CCCUCCGUGACUCUGCCAAUGACGUCAUCGGUGAUCAGCCUACCCUCGGACGACGUAUAAAAGCCGACGACGAAUCCAGGAGGAUGUCAGUCCAUUCCGGAUUCCUCAAGACAAACAUUCAUCAUGAAGGUCGCGCUGGUUCUCGCCCUGGUGGCUUGUGCUGCUGCCAUGCCCUCUCCUGACCCCGGCUUCGUCUACUCCUACACCCAUCCACUCGCCUACUCCUCCUACCCCAUCGUCAAGACUGUCAAGGCAGACACCCCGCCAGCACCCUCCCCUCGUCUACUCCUACGGUCACAACCUUCCCCUCAACUACGGGUACCCCUACGGCCUCCCUACGGCCUCCCCUACAGCUACCCUACACCUACCCCUACUUGGUCAAGGCCGACGAGGCCGCCGAGGAGGAACCUAUGGCUGAGGAGGAAGCUGUAGCUGAGGAAUAGGACGACACUCUCACCAUCCUUCCUCACUGGGACUGGGAGGAGGAAUCGCGAGUCCUCGUAGCCUCGUCGUGCGAGGAGUUCGAAGGACUCGUUGAGCCUCCUCAGCUUCCCUCAGGAACGCCACCAGAGGCCGCCGACCACGCCUUCUUCACGCUGAACCACGGACCACUUACAACGGACGACUCUUUCUGGACCAUUCAAUUCCUGCCGACGCCACACGAGGUCGCUUGAGACACGCCGAAAACGAGGAAGGGCAAAGGAGACCAAAUUCCUCCUUCCUUUCUUCGUGUUUCUCUUCGAUUCUUGAAGUGGCCGACGGCUAAGCUUACAAUAAAACACAAAAUUCA